GCCCCGCCCGCGCGGUAAAUGCUGUGCGCGGGCUCUGGCUGAAUGAAUGAGAGCUGAGCGCGCGCACACUAUCAGCUCCGAAUAGAAACUUUUCUCCCAUGUUUAUUGAUUAAUUUCACUAAUGUUAUUUAGUCCUUUUUAUUUAUUUAGUUUCCCUAAGUAGUUUAUGGCGCGAUACUGAAGGAUAUUUUAGCUUCGCGCUGAAAAACUGAAAGAUUAUCGGGCGAUUCCAGCAGGAAGAGAAGAAAGAGUUUAAAAUGGCAGAUGAGUCUGAUCAGAGAUCAGUGUUAGUGGAGAUCCCAGAACCACAGGCCAAAAUCACAGGAUGUCUGAGAAGAUCCUACAUGGAUAUCCUGUGUUCCCGUCUGUCUGCUGGCUGCGGCGUCAAACAUGCGUGUUCACGGCGGCGCCGGACCGGAGAGCGACUGUACGAGUGUCAGACGUCCGUCUCCAAGCAGCUGCUCGACAGUCUUCUGCUCGCCGAACAGUCUGUUCAGAUGGCGUCCGGCUCGCUCACGUCUAACCUGAAGCUCUUACUGCAAGAUCUGAAUCAGAAGAAGACCAGCGUCUACAGAUCCAUCCCAUAUUCCCGCCUCGGCUCCAACCGGGACGCCCACUGCUUCAGGAAAGCUCGUCCACACCUAAUGGCAUUCAAGCGCUCGUGUGAGGAAGGAGGCCGUUUGCUCCUGCGGAGCGGCGAGUGGGAGAAGCUUCUGGAGUUUGUUCAGGCCGCGUGUCGGUUGACCAGCGAUCUUCCACAGUGGGAGACGAGCGGCCACAACACGCUACGAGAGCGCUGCUUUAACACGCUAGCAGCGUUCUGUGCUGCUGCACUGCAGAAACACCGACCCGCCGCUCGAAGAGCCCGAGGACUCCUGCGCAGGUUCAGAACGGCUCCGGCGUCGAGGAGCGCGAUCGGUCCGUGUUUAGAGGAGCUGGAGAAGAUCAUGCAGGAACAUCAGAGCGGAGAAUCACAAACACAGAUCCACCCCUGAGACAAGAUCAUCUGAACAAUUGUCAUGUGACACAGGACGAUCCACUGGAGCAUGUGACCCGUCCGUCAGGCCGUUAGCGCUCACAGGACCCAGAAUUCCUUGCGACGGCCAGAGUGUGGACAGACUUACUUGAACUCGUGUGUUUUUUGCGCUGAAUUCUGCGGUUGUAAAUAUGUUUGUGUUUGUCGCGUCUGUCAGUGCUGCACUUUUAAAUGUCUCGAUCGUUUCUCCUGAAACAGACGGUAAUAAAAUCCAUUUGUUCUCUCUUAAAGGAAUA